CGAUUUUGCUGCAGGACAAACAGAAGAAGAAUUACUGUGUGGCGUGUCAGGAGCUGGACUCGGACAUUGAUAAGGACAACCCUGGUGUGUGAAGCUGCAGGUUUCUCUUCGACUCAGUCGCGUGUGUGUGUGUGUGUGUGUGUGUGUGUGUGUGUUUGUGUAUUGAGGAGAAAAGGAGACUCUGUUCCACUUUAUCUAACUUUAAUUUCACUCGGCAGUGUGUGUGUGUGUGUGUGUGUGUGUGUUUGAUGCCCCUGCGCGCGCCGUGCGACAGCAGGAGAUGAGUUCGGUGUGGAAGAGACUGCAGCGCGUGGGGAAGAAGGCCACCAGGUUCCAGUUCGUGGCUUCAUAUCAGGAGCUCACAGUGGAGUGCACAAAGAAAUGGCAGCCUGAUAAACUGCGUGUGAUAUGGACCAGAAGAAACAGACGUAUCUGCUCAAAGCUCCACAGCUGGCAGCCGGGGAUUAAGAACCCGUACAGGGGCAUGGUGGUGUGGCCCGUCCCCGAGAACGUCGACAUCACCGUCACACUCUUUAAGGAUCCUCAUGCAGAUCAGUUUGAGGAGAAAGACUGGACCUUCCUCAUCGAAAACGAGACGUUGAAAGGUCAGCGUAAGGUUUUGGCGUCAGUAGAUGUGAACCUUGCGAAGUUUGCGAGUGCGACGGUGACUCAGACGGACCUGACCCUGAAACUGAAGCCGCUGUCGGUGAAAGUGACUGAAGCCACGCUGAAGCUCUCGCUCUCUUGCGUGUUCCUUAGAGAGGGAAAAGCCACAGAUGAGGACAUGCAGAGUGUGGCGAGUCUGAUGAGUGUGAAACCAGUGGACAUCGGGAACCUGGACGACUUUAAUGAGAGCGAUGAAGAGAUGGAGAAAACAUCUAGCGUGUCAGGUGCUGUUGUUCCCUCACACCCGGUCCUCGUCUCUGUCUCUUACCCCACACUGCAGUCUCGUCCUCCUCUACCUGCUCUCUCCAUCCCAUCUCUCUGUCCAUCAUUCGCUCCUGCCACACACUCACUCUCAGAUACACACUCUCAUACACUCUCACACACACCACUGCAUACACACUCUUACACACACACACACACACAAUCAAACACACUUACACCAGGUGCAUCUCCUCCAGCACUGCCUAAAAUCUUCCAGCCUUCACCUGGAUCAGACUCGCUACAGACCGAGGCUAACUUUCAGUCCACACCUCCAUCAUCCACUCCUUUAUCGUCUUUUCCUCAAUCGUCUACUCCUGCAUCAUCUUCUACUCCAUCGUCUACUCCUGCAUCAUCUUCUACUCCGUUUACUCCUGCAUCAUCUUCUACUCCAUCGUCUACUCCUGCAUCAUCUUCUACUCCAUCGUCUACUCCUGCAUCAUCUUCUACUCCAUCGUCUUCUACUGCACAGAGUCUGGGGUCAGAGCUGAAGGCAGUAGAGUCUGCUGCACUUCCUGUAUUGGAGGAUGUGGUGGACGUUGAGCCUGCAGUUCCUCCUCCAUGGCCUUUCUCCGUAUCUGGGUCUGUGUUUUCAUCAGUGUGCCCCGCCCAAGAGAGACCACCAGGGGACAUGUGGUGGGCAGAGCAUUCUCAUCCUGCUGAAGAGGAACCUGACUUUAACACUGUGUGUGUGAUGUCUCCACCUCCACCUAAAGCUCCUGGAGACAUGGAAAAGAAAAGUCCACUUCCUACAGACAAACCUGAGACAGGAACCGAGGAACAGGUUCCUGCCCUAACCCUGGCCACGCUCUUUAUCACAGAAGGUGAUGAGGAGACACCUGAACAUGCAGAACUGAAGGAGGAACCUCUGAGUCAGACUGGUCUGAACCGGUCUGAUGAGGACAAAGUGGUGAUUACACACAUCAUCUCCUCACUGCUGAGGGACGAGCAUGAGGACGAGACGCAGACUGACCGAGAUCUCUCUGCUGUAAGGGACAACAGCUUAAAUCAAAUGUCUGAAAUAUUACCCGAAAUCUUCACUGACCCCCAGACCACGGAAACACACACCACUGAGGACACACACACCACAUUAAUACACACCACUGAGGACACACACACCACAUUAAUACACACCAUUGAGGACACACACUCCACAUUAACACACUCUGCAGACACACAGGCUGCAGAUACUCAUACCACAGAAACAAAUAUCCCUGACACACACAUGGGUGUGCCCCCCAGUGGUGAGGGAGAGAGUGAGAUGGAGAGCUUGACCCCUCUGUGGGCAGCGUUAGAGAGUGUGAGGGAUCAGAAAGACCAGACGGGCAUAAGAGAGGAGACACAUCGAGACGGAGACAGUAACGUGGAAGCUUUCACACAAGUGGAGGCAAGAGCAGCAGGUAGAGCUGAAACCUCUGACCAUGCUGGAGACAUGCAGCAGCUCCAGCUGGAGGAAUCAAACACACCAAUAAAUCACACAACACCUGUGAUUACUGAGGAGAACCUGGAAUGUGCAGGAACAUCUCGGAUGCCUUCAACAUCUACAGCUUCUACAGUCCUCUCAUUAGCAUUAGCUGGUCAUGACACACGGUUAAAUGUUAAACUUGAGGAGAAAAAAGACUCAGAGGUCAGUAAUGAAGUUCCAGUAUGGACCAGUGUGGAGAAAAAGAGAACGAGGGAAUGGAACGAGGGAGUAAGUCCAGGUGAAAUGGAGACAGAGGAGGAGAAUGUGGGUGGAGGCCAUCUUGGACAUGUGUGUGAAAGCAGGAAACAGGACGAAGUGGAAAAUGUUCACAGCCCACAUGUUGAAGGUGUUAAAGUUGGAGGUGUGAGUUUUAGCUCAGGGUCAGGAACAGAGUGGAGGGAAACAGAUGAAGAUGAAUCCUGUAGGAAAAACUAUGGAAAUAAAGCUUCAGAGGAAGAAGCAUCACCUGCUGAGUGUCAGGAGAAGACGGGUUUGGAGUCUUCUGGCCUGGUGAAAGGGAUCAUUGGUGUUUUGUAUAAAGGUUAUGAGACUGUGACCUCCAUGCUGAUGCAGCCGAUUCCUGCAGAACCCCACAAUCCUGAAGAUUCAGAAUCUAAAAACCAAGAUUUUGAGAUUCUUCCACCUGAACCCUUCUGUGAUGCAAACCUGGUCAAAGCUACAGAAGAAUCUACAGAGAAACAUGACACGACUUCAGUGAUUGCAGAUGGUCUUACUGCUCAGAGUUCUGGUGAAGAAGCAGUUCACGUGAGUGUGGUUUCAGAGCAUUCAGGACAGAGUCUGGUGGACUGCUUGAGGUUGGCUGCUUCAGAAGUAGGAAGAGAAGUGGAGUCUGUAAAACCAGUGAUUGAAACAAGCAGAAGUAAAAGAGCAGUACACAAGGUGAAGAUAAGUGAAGAGGAAUCCUCAAGUGAGGGUCAAAGCUGGAGAAAUGAACAGAAACCUCAAGCAAGUGUGAGCUCAGACCUGAAUACUGAGAAGUCCAGAAGAUCAUUUUUAAGUCCAGAUAAUAAAAAUGCAAGCAGUCUUUAUUCUGCUGAAGAUGUUUCACUCUUAAAAGAAGUCGAUUUUGAUGACAUUUCAAGUGAAGAACACUUACAAAACAUUCAUGAAGAACCAAGAGAACCUGAACCAGAUCUCCAGAAGAAGGAGACAUAUUUGAGCCCCUUGGUGUUGUGUGAAUCAGUGGAGGAGGAGCUGGAGUUUGAGAUGGGGCAGGAGGACUUGGGGACGGUGUGGCUCGCUGAGCUCUAUAUGGAUCAAGGACCAAAAGAAUCAACAGCAUGGAACGAGAUCUUCAACAUCCCCAAACCCGUGUCACACAGCUUACCAGCCGAGGAAAAAAAUCCUCCACAAGCCCUCAAACCUGAUGAAACCGAGCAGAAAGUCACUUCAGAGCAGGAAGUUGAGCAGAUUGUUCCCUCUGGCUCCAGACCUAUUGUUUUUCUACAGCACCAGACAAAUGAAGGAAGUGGAAGUAAGAAUGAGGAACAGAUGGGAGGAAGUUUUAUCCCUCCAUCAGAGUGCACUAACAAACUCAACACACAGGCUGAACUCGCUGUUCCUCUAACGAGGAGAGAAGAACUUACUGAAGUCCUGGCAGCAGAACCCUCAAAGGACCAAACAGCAAUAUAUGAGUCAGUUGAUCUCAAACCAUCUUCAGAAACAGAAAAGGAAAAGUUCACUGAUCACAAAAACUCUUUAGUAGAUUUAGGAGAAAAAAAUCAGGUAGAAGAAGUUAAAGGAUUUUUAGAUCGAGCCAAGAAUAAACCAGAUCAUGUGAGUAGACCUUUAGGGCCAUCUAAGCCUCAGACAGCUGAUGGCAGUGCAUCUUCAGAAAUAGCUGAGGAACUGGGAGGUAACAACAAGAGAUCAUUAGAAGAAGAUAUAGAACAGCCAGAUGAUGUAACAACUAAAGAUCAACCAGGAAAUGCUAAAGAUCAGCCUGAGUUCAGCAGACGUUCAGGAAAAGAUCAGUUAGAACGCACCAGCAGAUCAUUAGAAAAAGUGAAAGAAGAGCUACAAGCAGAUCAUUCUAAUACAUGUUCAUUAGUUAAAGAUCAACCAGAAGAUGCCAAAAGAGCAGCUAUAAACCAUGUAGAUACUGUUCAGAGACCUUUAGGAGCAGUGAUAGAACUGUCAAAUAAUGUCAGUAGAUCUGUAGGAACAGACAAAGGACAGUUAGAUACGUUCGAAGGAUUAACAACAUUAACUGGAAAACAGGCAGAUGAUGUGAGUAGAGCUUCAAAAUCAGGACCAGAAGAACCAGAAGAUCCCACAAGAACUUUAACUCCGAAAGAACAACUAGAAGAUUUCACAGUUUCAUUACUUGAAAAACUUUCUCCAGGGAGCAAAGAGGUUCCACAGCCUGUGCCUUCUCUUCAACAUGAAGCCUCACCUGACUAUCUCACUGAACCUGCUGAAGGACAUUCUGCUGUGUCAGAGGAGAACUUUCUGCUAGAGAAAAUUCGCAGAAUAGCAGAAGACACUGAUAUAUCACCUCUGCUUGUUCCUGUUUCUGUAUCAGUUUCUCGCCCAAAGAAGCGUCUCGUUCCUUCCGAGUCAGACUUUGAUCUUCCGCCAUCACCUCCACGUCAACACAUAUUCUGCACUCCAUCACCAGAACAUGUAGAUCAGGAUGAACUUUCUGUUUCUGAAGUGACUGUGGAACUUCCUGGAGAUGCUGCUGAAUUUCACAUUGAUGGAACAGAGGCGUGUAAAAGCCAGAAGGAGCAUGACAUGGUGUUGGAGGACGAACGGAAGGAGAUGUUAUGUUCAGAGAAUGUUCCAGCUGAAAGAGAUAGCGCUGAAGAUCAGCUCCAUGAGGUUCAAAUAGAAAUCCUGAAGUCUGCUCAAGUCCUGAGCGAUGUGUGCGAGCUGCAGGUUGAAGAUUCCUCUGGUUUGGGAUUCUCAGGAUUAAUUGGUGAGCGUGAGGUUAUGGAGAACAUUGUAAGAACCUCAGCGUGUGAGGAACCAAUGAAGAAAAACAUCCCUCCAUCAAUCACUCUAGAGGAAAUCGGGCGUGACACACAGAUACCUGAACAGGUGGUGUCUCCACUCCCGAGCCCCGCCCUGGUGAGCAGCAGCCAGUCGUUGCUGCAGUGGUGUCAGGAGAUCACACAGCAUUAUAGAGGUGUGAAGGUGACCAAUUUUAACACGUCCUGGAGGAACGGUCUCGCCUUCUGUGCCAUCCUGCACCACUUCCACCCUGAAAGGAUUGACUUUGAUGCUCUGGAGCCUCAAGAUAUAAAAUUGAAUAAUAAAAGGGCUUUUGAUGGGUUUUCAGAGUUGGGGAUCUCACGCCUGCUGGAUCCUUCUGAUCUGGUUCUGCUGUCGGUUCCAGAUCGGCUCAUGGUGAUGACGUACCUGAGUCAGAUCCGAUCACACUUCUCGGGUCAGAACCUUAGCGUGCUGCAGUUAGAGAGGAACAGCAGCGAGUCUAGUUACGCCGUCUCGCAGCCAGACCAAACCUACGGCACAGAAACACGGGGGGAUGAGGGACCUACCAGUGGGGCUCUAAUCCCCCCACCCCGAAACAAACGGCCAGUGAUGGAGGAAGAGAUGAGGGUGGACAGAGGAGUACAGACUCCAGUAGCACCACCACGCAACAAACAGCAGGAGGAGAGAGGACAAAAUGAGCAAGCCAGUAGAGACGAGGAGAAAUGUCCAGCAACAGACAGACACGUGACACACACUGAAUCACUCAAACCUGUAGACGAGGAACCCACGUGUCUGCAGGACACCAGUCAGUAUGUAGUAAAUGAGUUGAAAGCUUUGGAGCUUGAGCAGAAACACAUCGACACCCGAGCAGCUGUGGUGGAGCGCCGACUGAGACGCCUCAUGGAAACAGGCAGUGAUAAGGAGCAGGAGGAGAAGUUGAUACAGGAGUGGUUCACUCUGGUUAAUAAGAAGAAUGCUCUGAUCAGGAGGCAGGAUUACCUCGAGAGUCUGCAGGAGGAACAGGAUUUGGAGAGAAGGUUUGAGCUCCUCACUCGAGAGCUCAGAGACCUGAUGGCUGUUGAAGACUGGCAGAAAAGUGAAGCUCAUCAGCGACGUGAAGCUCUGCUCCUGCAGGAACUCGUCUCUUUGGUUAAUCAGCGUGAUGAGUUGGUCAGAGACAUCGACGCCAAGGAGCGAGGGGCGCUGGAGGAGGACGCUCGACUGGAGCGAGGUUUAGAGCUCAGACGCAUGAAAUACAGUAACAAGGACAAGUGUGUGCUGCAGUAGAGACACACAGCGUCCUUACACACUCUCCAACACAUCUCUGUGUGUGUGUGUGUGUGUGUGUGUGUGUGUGUGUGUGUGUGUGUGUAUCAGACCUCUUGUUCUCUCACAAUGCAGCAGCAGCACUGUAUCAGGGUAUAGCAAUGCAUUCUGGGUAACAAACUCCACACUGCUCCAUACCUCAUCUCACACACUCGAGCUGAGAGGGUCAUAAGGAAAUAGAUGAGGGGGAGAGGCUCAGUGUAGAAAUGUGGAAUUUUGGAUAAACAUUCUUGUGUGGGUCAGAUCCAACAUCAUCAUCAUCAUCAUCAUCAUCAUCCUAAUUAAAAGAGGUGAAAGCUGAAUCCUGCUGGAGUUCAGAUGUUACAGCACAGAAACCAUGUACAGACCUGGUCUUUCGGGGUUUCUCAGUGAUUGUGGUGAAUUCGGGUUAAACCCUGUGGAGGAACUGAUUCCACACAUCUGUCUUUUAUUAUUAAACAUGUUCCAGUGCAGAUUUCAGAUGAAAUAUAAACCACUGGUAAAUGCCAUGAACAUGAUAAAAAUACACAGAUAUGAUAAUAUCCUCAGUGUUCUGGUGUGGAAUCUCAGAGAUAUGUGUUGAACACAUUAGCUGAAAUGUGUAAUUUAGGGAAGCUUUUGUUUACUUCAUAAAGAAAGGAAGAUUUUGGGCUUGUUCUUCUACAUAGUCUUCCUGGGAGCUGCUGGUGAUCUUCAGUUUAUUCCACAGGUUGGAGUUGAGUGAGGAUUGAUUGAUCAAUUCCAAUACUUUUACCUAUUUUUACACUGGGAAUAUUCUCAUUUCUGUACUUGAGCUUAGGAGUUGAUAUUAAAGUUCAUGUUGCUUUGGAAAUGCUUAAUAAAAUAUAUUAUGUUAAAUGUAUUUUCCUCACAAUAGCUUGUUAUUGUUAUUAUUGUUAUUAUUAUACAUUUUAAUGUUAUUAUCAGGUUUAUUUUUUAUCAUCACACUGCUGCUGAAUUGAUUAUUUAAAUAAAUUCUGAUGCUUUAAUUUCAUUUUUUCAUUGACACUUUUUCACCAUUUUUCUUUUUAUUAGUAUGUUUUUUUGUGGUGAUUAUUAAACAUUCUAUUUGGAUUUUUUGUUUCUGUUGGUUAGAUGCAGUUUAUUAAAGUGAGUUUUUAUUAUAAAUCCAGACACUGUUAUUAAAUCAGUGUUUUACAGGGCUGAGAUUUUCUUCACUUUGCCAAAGAUUGCGGUGUGUGUGUGUGUGUGUGUGUGUGUGAAGUAAUUCGUUUUUUAACGCGGAAGUGAGUCACGUGACAAUGUGGCGCGUUUUGUUUAAUUGUGUUUUAAUGAAUAAAGUUUGACGUUUUCAA